GCCUCGGAAGCUAUAAAAGGCGUCAAUCAGACCACGUGACCCUCUUUCUGCCUCCUACCGCCAUCAUGGAAGCUAGCCGCGUGCAACCCAUCAAACUUGCUCGGGUUACUAAAGUGUUGGGAAGAACUGGAUCUCAGGGACAGUGUACCCAGGUCCGUGUGGAAUUCAUGGAUGACAGUAACAGAUCUAUCAUCCGUAAUGUGAAGGGACCAGUUCGUGAGGGUGAUGUUCUUACACUGCUCGAAUCUGAGCGUGAAGCCAGAAGAUUACGUUAAGCAUCAUAAACUUGGUCCCAUAAAUCUACAAAAUUUCACGCUGAAUGGACAAUUUACUCAUCACCAUCAUACACACCACCAAGAUCUGUGGAUUGUAAAAUAAAGCUUUGUAAAGAAUACUGAA